UCUCGAAGACUGGCGGCAAACCCAAAAACCACCGAUAAAGAAAAUCUCUGGUUUCUCCCACUCGCUCGCUCACUCACUCAGCACUCUCACUCUCUCUAGCAGAGACAGCGAUGGCAGCGACUGAGAAGGAACCCACGUCCGUAGUCUGUAAUCUAGGGAUUCUGGACACUCUCAGAGACGAUUCGAUCCAAGAGAUCGUUGAGAGCUAUAGCGGCUUCUGUGCCACCACCGAAGCCCUUCUCAAAGGCGCCGGAGACCUCUCCGUGGGCCCCGACUUCGUCGCUCACGUCCAGAGCCUCUGUAAGCAUGGCCUCCACUCUCUGGUCCGAGACCACUUUCUUCGGGCACUUGAGGAAACUUUCGAGAAGAAUGGAGCAUCCAAGUUUUGGCGGCAUUUUGAUGCUUAUAGCAAUGUUGCUAUUCUGUCAAAAAAUAAGCACCCCAUAUGCGAGGUUGAAGUCCAGCAAGUAUUGUGCAUAGCUCUGGAAGAGAUAUCUUUGGAAAAGCAAUACCAGGAGAAGUGCUUGCUGAUGCUGGUUCACGCUUUGCAAUCCUACAACGAUCAGAUAUCAGAGGGAAGGCACCCUUCCAAUUCGGAGAGAGAUCAUCUCUUCUCUAUAUAUCAAUUACUUGUGUCUUCGGUGCUUAUGGCUAGCAUUCCUCGGCAUUUUAAUGAGAUACUCCACUGCUAUUUUAAGGGAAGGUUGGAGGAGUUAAGUACAAUCAUGGCAGGAGAAAUUGAUGAUGAAAAUGAAUCUCAAGAGAAAGAUGACAUGGAUUUAGAUGAAAAAAGCAAAAUAUCCUACCGGACUGGUAGGAUGGAGAUUGAUGAAAGCUGUCACCAAGUCAGGUUCUCAGAGAACAAUAAAUUGGUGAAGAACAUUGGGAAGGUUGUUCGUGAUCUUAGAAGUCUUGGAUUUACAUCCAUGACUGAGGAUGCCUAUGCUUCUGCUAUCUUUCUACUUCUAAAGGCUAAAGUACAUAAUCUAGCUGGCGAUGAUUACAGAAGUUCGGUCUUGGAGUCCAUUAAAGGGUGGAUACAGGCUGUGCCUCUCCAGUUCUUGCGUGCACUUCUUGCUUAUCUUGGUGAUUCUGUUAGUUAUGAAAGUCCUUCAUCUGGCCUAAAAUCACCUUUGGCUUCACGUCCUUCCUCUUGCUAUCCUGGAAUUGAUACUCCUUCUGAAGGACUUGUUAGAUGGCAGUUACGGCUUGAAUAUUUUGCUUAUGAGACAUUGCAAGAUUUAAGAAUAGCCAAGCUUUUUGAGAUAAUUGUGGAUUAUCCGGACAGCUCUCCCGCUAUUGAAGAUUUAAAACAAUGCCUUGAAUAUACUGGACAACAUUCUAAGCUUGUUGAAUCAUUUAUCUCAGCACUAAGAUAUCGCUUGCUAACUGCUGGUGCCUCAACCAAUGAUAUAUUGCAUCAAUAUGUUUCAUCCAUUAAAGCACUACGGACAAUAGACCCAGCAGGUGUUUUUCUUGAAGCAGUUGGUGAACCUAUAAGAGAUUAUUUAAGGGGAAGGAAAGAUACCAUAAAAUGUAUUGUGACAAUGCUUACUGAUGGGAGUGGUGGUGGAAAUCCAAAUGUAUCUGGAAACACUGGGGAUAGCCUUCUUGAAGAAUUAAAUAGAGAUGAAGAAAGUCAAGAGAAUAGUGGCGUUGAUGAUGAUUUCAUCACCGAUGACAAGCAAGCAUGGAUUGAUGCUGCACGAUGGGAGCCUGAUCCUGUAGAAGCUGACCCAUUGAAAGGUAGUAGGAACCGGAGGAAGGUUGACAUACUUGGGAUGAUUGUUGGCAUAAUUGGUUCAAAGGACCAACUAGUCAAUGAAUAUCGUGUUAUGCUGGCAGAAAAGCUUCUCAACAAAUCUGAUUAUGACAUUGACUCAGAGAUACGUACUUUAGAACUCCUCAAGAUUCAUUUUGGAGAGAGCAGCAUGCAGAAAUGUGAAAUAAUGCUCAAUGACCUGAUAGAUUCAAAGAGGACAAACACAAAUAUAAAAGCAACCAUUACUCAGCCAUCUCAAACAGGGGCUGAGCUGGGGGAUAAUGCAGUGUCCAUGGAUCUUCUUGAUGCUACAAUCAUAUCCUCAAAUUUCUGGCCCCCAAUCCAGGAUGAAACCCUUAAUGUCCCCGAGCCUGUUGACAAGCUGCUCUCUGAUUAUGCAAAGAGGUUUAAUGAAAUCAAAACCCCUCGUAAGCUUCUUUGGAAGAAAAAUCUGGGGACUGUCAAGCUGGAGUUGCAAUUUGAAGAUAGGGCAGUGCAGUUCACUGUGGCUCCUAUACAUGCAGCGAUUAUUAUGCAAUUCCAAGAGCAAACAAGUUGGACCUCUCAAAAUCUAGCAGCUGCUAUUGGGAUACCUGUAGAUGUACUCAAUCGAAGAAUAAAUUUUUGGAUAAACAAGGGAAUCCUUGCAGAAUCACUUGGGGCAGAGUCUAGUGACCAUGUAUUUACACUGAUGGAAGGAAUGGUUGAAACUAGUAACAAUGGUGGAGAUAGUGGGAGUUGUGAGGAGCUUCUAGUAGGUGAUGAGGAGGGAGAGAGAUCUGUGGCCUCUGCUGAGGAUCAAAUACGCAAGGAAAUGACUGUGUAUGAGAAAUUUAUCAUGGGGAUGCUCACAAAUUUUGGAAGCAUGGGACUAGAUCGCAUUCAUAAUACUCUCAAGAUGUUUUGUGUAGCUGAUCCCCAAUAUGAUAAAACAUUACAACAGCUUCAGAGCUUCUUAUCUGGUCUAGUUUCUGAAGAGAAGUUGGAACUAAGAGAUGGAAUGUAUGUUCUGAAGAAACAAUGAAUUGACUGAGUGGCAAUACGUUCUCCACUGAAACAUUAAGCACAUGGCAUUGUGGACAGGAAGCAUUGCUUCAAUGUCAAGAUGAGUUGUAGUCAGUCUGAAAGAGACUCGUGACGAUGGCAAUCAUUGUGGGAUGAGUGUCGCAAUUAUCUCAAGUUUGGUUGGAACACUCCCUGAGCAUCAUCCCGUGUGGUGAUUCAAGGUUGAGUGUCUUUUGGGAAUGGCUUUCCAAUUGACUUCUAGUUCUGGAGAGCCAUUUUUGGGUUAUUCUUAAAGAAAAUCACCUACAUCUCCGCGUGGUCAAAAGAGUACUCUGGUGUAUGCAUAUGCUCCCGGAAACGGAGUUCUGUGAGUGCAGGAAGUUAAAGAUGGUAAUGAGUUAGUUCUAUUCAUGACAUGUUCCUGCGAGACAUUAAUAAUGUUAAUCUUAUUAUGAUAUUUGUUGAUACAUUAUGAGUGCUGCACCCACGCUUGUAUGAUAGUGAUAGUGACGUUUAAGAUGUACCCUA